AGCAGUCCCACCCCCUCAUAAGAGAGGGGUCCGGACAGCCUCCCAUUUCUUCCGUUUCUCUCCCGUAGGACUUUGAGGCCAAGGACAGGCGCGGGCGCGCGAGGGGUUGAUGUCUGUUUUCAAUAGUGCACUGAAAAUAAACUCCUUCAUGCAUGGAAAGAACUCAUGAGAGGUGCAAUGGAUUGUCCUUACCCAAGCAUGUCCUGUUGGCCUUACUGUCUGGGUCUCGAGUCUGCUGUACAAUGUUCACAAAUAAUAGUGAAGUGGAGAGAAAUGACGCUUCUGUUUUUAAUGGUCUCCAUCUGCCUCUUUCCUCGGAGCAUGAGUUGUUUAUUAAGCAACACCAGUUAUGGCCACCAAAGAACAUUUGAGGAUAUUGAGAAGGAAAUAGCCCGUUAUUCAGAUGUGGCUGAGAAGAUUAUCAAACUUGCUGUUUAUGGCAAGGCCCAGAAUAGAUCUUAUGAAAGGCUUGCACUUUUUGUGGACACUAUUGGACCACGUUUGAGUGGUUCUAGAAAUCUAGAACUGGCUAUCCAGUACAUGGAUAAAGCUUUGAGGAAUGAUGGCUUAGAAAAUGUCCACUUGGAGCCAGUAAAAAUACCCCACUGGGAAAGGGGUGAAGAGAUUGCAAUGAUGAUUGAACCAUACAAUCAUACCAUUGCAAUGUUGGGGCUUGGUGGCAGCAUUGCAACUCCUCCAGAAGGUAUUACAGCAGAGGUGUUGGUAGUAAAUUCUUUUGAUGACCUACACAAGAAGGCUCGUGAAGCCCGUGGAAAGAUCGUUGUUUACAACCAGCAUUAUACCAAUUACGAUAAAACAGUGCUCUACCGACAUCAUGGAGCAGUGGAAGCAGCUAAACUGGGAGCAAAGGCUUCUCUUAUCAAGAGUAUUGCUCCAUUUUCUAUCAAUAGCCCACAUACUGGAAUGCAAGCAUAUGAAUCAGAUGUGCCCAAGAUCCCCACCGCCUGCAUUGCUAUUGAAGAUGCGGAACUGAUGGCCCGGUUGUUCUCCCGGGGCACUAAGAUAGUUGUAACUCUGAAAAUGGGAGCCAAAACAUAUCCUGAUGCUGAUUCCUUUAACACAGUUGCUGAAAUAACAGGCAGUAAAUACCCUGAGCAGGUUGUACUGAUUAGUGGACAUCUGGACAGCUGGGAUGUGGGGCAGGGAGCCAUGGAUGAUGGUGGAGGAGCAUUUAUAUCAUGGGAAGCAUUAUCACUUAUUAAGGAACUUGGCCUCCGCCCCAAAAGGACUCUGCGUUUAGUACUUUGGACUGGAGAAGAACAAGGGGGAGUAGGAGCUGAACAAUACUACAAGCUACAUAAAGUAAACAUUUCCAACUUCGACAUUGUUAUGGAGUCCGAUGAAGGAACAUUUAUGCCCACUGGCCUGGCUUUCACAGGCAGCAUUAAAGCUCGUUGUAUCAUGAAAGAAAUCAUGAAACUUUUGAAGCGUCUCAACAUUACCAAUGUUUAUGAAGAUGGUGGAGGAACAGACAUUAACUACUGGAUACAUGAAGGAAUACCAG